GGCAAAUGUUGAUUCUUUUCAGUGUUAUUUACACGAGAUUUUUGUAGAUCACAGAGCUCCUAAUGUUUGAAUAUGAUCCAGUAACAAAACAGAUAAUAAGAUGGAAAAAACAGCCAUUGGUAUAGUGCUGGUUUUCAUUCUCCCAUUUGUGCCCAGGCUAUCUACGACACUCAGAAAAUUUACAUGCGGUUUAGUUAAUGGUUAUCCUGAAGAGUAUGACGCUUUGACUUUGGCUGGAAACAAAACGAACAAACUAAAUAAUGUAUCAGUAAUCUUCAAACAGUUCAAUAUCUCAGACAAGAUAAAUCUAUUCAGUAAAGCUUCAUUACUUCGUGAUGAAAACGUUAUUGCGCUCGUGGAAGGAAGUGAAGACAAGAUCUCCACAUGCGCAUUGUCUACAGUGACUGGAAUUCCGCUUAUUCGUCUCCAUGAUAACAAAGUCUCUGACCAGUGUGAAAAAGUGAUUCAGAUGUCAGCUGGAUACAAAGACAUUGCAACUGCCACGCUCGCUCUGAUAAACAUGUUUCACUGGGAAAGUAUUGCAGUUUUAUUUGAUGAGGAUUACUCCUACAAAGCAGCUUUUUUCACCACCAUAACCAAGAGAUUAAAUCUCGCUAUAAAGUUAGUUCAUUUUUCCACGGAGCCUAAUAAUGAAAAUGCAGUAUUCAACGCGAUGGAUGAAAUUUACAACCUGGAAGCAGAAGUCAUUUUACUUCACAUCAAAAAAGAGAACAUUGAGAUAAUACUUAAUCAGCAAAGAACUUGUCAAUGCACAAAUGUGUACAAGUGGAUACUUCAAGGAGAGGUUAUUCAAUUAAUAAAUUUUUCGCCACCGAAGAAUCUAAGAAGGGGAAAGGUUCUCUCGUGUAUAUCUAAUCCCAACUUUCUGACUUUGAGCUUAACUGCUCAUAUUAUGAUACCAUUACACCUGACCUCUGAAGGGAAUAACAUUGUUUUUGCAUUAAAACUUCCCUCCUACUAUGAAGAAGAAAAUGUCGUCAAAGGCAAUAAUACUAACACCACGGACCAAGAUGCACUCCUGCAGGACACAUCCCAAAUUAUCCAUCAGGCUCUCAGCAGGGAAGAGUGUUUGUCAGUAAAUAGCUCCUCCUUUGGUUUUAACGAAGCACAUAAAAUGUUGAGUUGCUUGAAAAACGUCAAAUUUGAAGGCAAAACAGGACCUGUUUAUUUUGAUGAGUACGGGGAGAGAAGAGGAAUUAGAUUAGAAAUUUUGAAUCUUCAAAAUGAUUCUUUGACAACGAUAGGGACAUGGAAUUCAUCUCAUGGUGCCGUGGUUUUUGGGAAUGUGUUACGUAAUGAUGGAAACCCAUUGAGCGGAAGGAGACUGGAAGGGAAAAAGCUUAGGGUCGUUGUGGUAGAGAAUGCACCGUUUAUAAUGAAGAAUGAGGACGGCACUAUUCCACAUUAUAAGGGAUACUGCAUCGACCUUCUCGAUGAACUGGCCAAGAAUCUCAAGUUUACCUAUGAGAUCUAUCUCUCCCCAGACGGGAUGUAUGGUGCCGAGUUGGAGAAUGGAACAUGGAACGGUAUGAUUGGCGAGUUAGUUGGUAAGCGUGCUGACAUCGCCGUUGCAUCUCUUACCGUAACUGAAAGUCGAGAGAAAAUUGUGGACUUCAGCGUUCCUUACAUGUACUACUCAAGAGAAAUACUGGUCAAGAAAUCACCUCACAGUGGAAAAGUUGAUUUGCUUCAGUUCAUGAAUCCUUUUGACAUUCAGGUCUGGUUUGCUACUCUCGCCAGCCUGGUCAUCAUCUCUGUUGCUGUAUUUGUGAUAAAUUACUUCAGUCCUUAUGGGUGCAAAGACGAAAAUGGCCGAGGAACAUCAGAGGAGUUUAACUUCUUCAACAGUGUGUGGUUUGCUUUAGCCUGCAUGCUGCAGCAAGGAGGAGAUAACACACCGAAAAGCUCAUCAGGUCGGAUUCUGACUGGAUGCUACUGGUUCUGCAUACUCAUAAUGAUCUCAACAUACACUGCCAACCUGGCUGCUUUUCUUGUUGUGAAAGAUAAUGAUAAUCCGAUUAAUAAUCUAGAGGACAUCGUAAGGUCCACCUAUCAAGUAGCUGUCAUUGAGUCAGGAAGUACUUAUGAGGCAUUCAGGACAAGUCAGUAUGUAACGCAUGAAAAGAUUUGGAAUAGAAUGGUAACAGCGGGGAGUUUUGUCCAGAGCACAGCGGAAGGAAUUCAAAUGGUGCGAGACAGAGACCAGUUUGUGUUUAUUUCUGAUGGGCCUGUUCUUAAACACGCCGCACAACAGCCGCCUUGUGACGUCACCACAGUUCCAGGCCUGAGUACGGCCCUCGGACUUGCGUUUGCUUUUCAAGCAAAUAGUACAGAUGUUGAUGACGUCACAUUGGCUAUUCUACAUCUUCACGAAAACGAAUUCCUUGACAGUUUAAAAAGGGAAUGGUGGGAAUACAAAGAUGAAUGUCCUAAAAAGCAGGAUACAACUUUGACUCGAAAGCGAAUUGAUCUCAGAAGCAUGCUGGGAGUGUAUGUCGUUAUGAGUGUCGGAUUAAUUUUAGCAUUGAUGGCGCUGACUGCAGAGAUCUUUUGGACAAGAAUGAAAGAGCGCAAGAUAAUAACCCAAAGACCAGAAGAUCGUUCCAUUGAAGUCAACCAAAUCGCACAUCCUGAUUAGUCUAAGCCGACCAAUCAAAGCCUGCACGUGGCUUAGUUUCAAGGAGAGUGAAUGAAUAAGCAAACCAUUUCAAGGCAAGGAUCGUGACAAAUACAUGAUGUCAUCAAAGCAGUUGUGAAGUGUGCUUCACCAUACAACCUCCCUGAGCACCUUGGCCUUUUUUUUCGUUUCAGUCAGUUUGCCUUGUUUUUCUCGCAAAUUGUUUUCUCAAUAUGCUUCUGUCGUUUUGGGCUUAAUUUUCGUCAAAUUGUGGCUCAUAGUCCAGAAAUAAACCCAUACAAGAAAACAUUUUAAAUAAAUUCAGUGGACAUACCAUUUUACCAUAAGUCUUCAUUAUUCUUAAAGUUUGCGAAAGUUGCUAAAUCUCGCGCCAAAUUUUAAAGUCAAUUAUGUAGACGAAAACAAUUUAAAAAAUAAACGGAUUCAGUUUUAA